AUGGCGGCCAAGAAUUACAUAAUCCACAUGUUGAAAUCCGAAAAGCCUGUGAAAUACGGACACCACAGACUGUGGUAUGCAUCAUCGCUCAAGUCAGUGUCGAGCUCCGCCCAGAUGCUCUACUCAUAUGAACAUGUGAUCGAUGGGUUCUCGGCCAGCCUCACCAACGAGGAGGCCCAACUAAUGGCCGCCCAGGAAGGGGUCCUGGCCGUGGAGCCUGACACGAUACACAAGCUCCACACGACCUGGACCCCAACAUUUCUGGGUCUGGACAGACUGGAGCACCAUUACAAGUACAUGAGGCCCAUUUCUCAAGAACAAAGUAUAGUGAUUGGGGUGGUCGACACUGGCAUCUGGCCUGAGAGCCUGAGCUUUCGCGACACGGGCUACGGGCCCAUCCCGAGUUUCUGGCGAGGAAAAUGUGAGUUUAAUGAAUCAUUGUGCAACAAGAAACUGAUCGGGGCCAGGUACUUUGCGAAAGGCUAUGAGCAGGGUGCCGACAUACCUCUCGACUGGAACAAGGAACUGAGAUCGCCAAGGGACACCGAUGGCCACGGGACCCACAUCUCAUCCACUGCUGCUGGAUCCAUCGUCCACGGUGCCAGCCUAUUCGGGUACGCAUACGGGACGGCGCGCGGGAUGGCACCGCGGGCCAGGAUUGCCAUGUACAAGGCCUGCUGGAACGGCAAUUGUUUCGGCUCCGACUUAUUUAUGGCCAUCGACACGGCCAUCAGUGAUGGGGUUCACGUGUUGUCCAUGUCUCUUGGCCCCCCAGCGGAUUACCCGUUUUACAGAAGCGUCCCUAUGAUCGGAGCAUUUGCCGCCGCUGCCAAUGGCAUCUUCGUCUCCUGCUCUGUGGGGAACGAUGGGCCCGAUUCAUCCAGCGUGAGAAACGCGGCCCCUUGGGUAACCAGUGUUGGUGCCGGGACCAUAGAUCGAGCUUUCCUUGCUUACGUCAAGCUCGGCAACGGCGAAACCUACAACGGCUCAUCUCUCAACAGUGGACCUCCGUGGCCUCUUGCUGCAUCAGCAUAUGCAUAUACUCCCUUUGUUUAUGCUGGGCAAGUAAGCGAAAACGGGAGCGGCUUUUGUCUCAAUGGCACCCUCUUUCCGAUGAAGGUCAAGGGUAAGAUCGUUCUGUGUGACCGUGGGAUAAAUUCCAGACUCGAGAAGGGCGAGGUGGUCAGGAAAGCCGGUGGGGUCGGCAUGGUUCUGGCCAACACCAAUGGUGAAGACCUGAUUCCUGACAUCCACUUUGUUCCUGCCGCACAUGUCGGCCGCAAGGCAGGAGACAAUAUGAGAAACUAUCUAUCCUUCAAUCCCAACCCUACAGCAAAGAUCAUGUUCGGAGGAACGAGGAUCAGUUUCGAGUCAUCGCCCAAUGUCGCCUCCUUCAGCUCGAGAGGCCCCACCCCAAUCAGCCCUGAGUUGUUGAAACCGGACCUGAUCGCGCCAGGCUACAACAUCAUAGCCGCAUGGUCCCGGGCCAAUGGGCCUACCUGGCUGAGCUUUGACACGCGCCAGGUCGAUUUCAACAUUGCAUCAGGAACAUCCAUGUCCUGUCCCCACGUCAGCGGGGUGGCAGCUCUGCUCAAGGCAGUCCACCCGGAGUGGAGCCCAGCAGCCAUCCGCUCGGCCCUCAUGACCACCGCCUACACGACCAACAUGAGAGGCAGCCCAAUGAUAGAUGAAUCAACGGGCAAUGCAUCCACACCAUUCCAACAUGGAGCCGGGCACGUGAACCCCCUUUCUGCCCUCGUCCCAGGCCUAGUCUAUAAUCUGACCACCGAGGACUAUUUGAAUUUCCUUUGUGCCAUCAAGUACACGCCAGAACAGAUCAUGAUUGUCACACGACAAAAUUUCACUUGCGACUUCAACAAGACAUACAGCGCGACCGAAUUGAACUACCCCUCUUUCGCCGUCCAAGUGUCAGCCGACAUCAACACUACAACAGUGGUCACACACAAGAGAACGGUUACCAACGUCGAAUCAUACCGGUCAACGUACAAGGUAUCCGUCUUCUCACAGAGCAGCUCAGUUAAAAUUGACGUGGCCCCAAGGAUGUUGACUUUCUGGAAGCAAUAUCAGACGAGGUCUUAUACGGUCACGUUCCAGAUGACCGGACCAAUGCAGCCCAACACACAUGAGUUUGGGGAAAUUAAAUGGUGCGAUGGGAAACAUGUUGUCCGAACUCCAAUUGCCAUCAGUUGGAUCUAA